AGACGUGUUCAGGAUCACAACUAGAGACGCCGUCUAACGGUAACAGUGAACUUUCCUUCCCAAAUCCAGAGGCAGAUGAAAUCAUUCAGACAUUCCAGUGUAACGUAGGUUAUCAAUUAGAUUCUGUGGACACAACAGCCAUAUGCAUAGAUGGGAAGUGGAUUCCAGAAACUCCUCCUACCUGUUUGCCAAAAGAUGAUCAAUUUGUUAUAAACACAAAUGGAAGGCUCGAUGGUCGAGAGAUAUCAACAGUUGAAAAAGACAGUAUUUACUUGGACUGUAUAGUGCCAGAAAGUCUUGCUGAUCCAACCUGGACGAAGUUAGUCGAUGGAACGUUAAAAGUGACCGUUAAUAGUUUUCGAAGCCGUAUGCAGUUCCCGACGAUUGGCUUAUCAGACGCAGGCAUCUAUUGCUGUUCUGUUGGCCAGAAUAAUGAAACCAUACACAUAUCAGUGAAGCCGUUAAAUGGUAAGAAAAGAAUUCCAGCCAGUUUCAUCCAGAGGAUGUGGCUACCAUUUAGGCAGACCCAGU